GUUCGCUGGAACCGCUUGGCACACGUCGCGUUACUUGGCCGCCAGCGCGAUUUAAACCGCCAAUUGACAAAGUGCGUUUUGUACCCCACUUUCAAGCCCCGUCUCCACCCCCAAAAAGAAUCUUCGGCGACGAAUUUACUGAUAGAAAGGUAAUUCCUAAUAACAUACUUGCUUUUAUAAAACGCACCAAGAAGACAGAAGACAAAAUAUGACAAUGUCGAGGAAAUUAAGCAGCAACAUAUGGCGGAGCAGCAGACAAAAAAAAAUAUCAACGUUACGGGAAAAAACGUCGAGAAAAUCAGCAGAUACACCAAACCCAACCAUCAGCAGAGCACUUUCUUCAAAUAACUUAGUUAUCUGCGGCUGUCUGAUAGUAAUCUUCAUUGCAUCUGUAACCACGGCCAAAGCACCGGAUCAGGAAGCUAUCCAUCACAAAAAUGACGAGUUUCCGGAAGAGGACAGCGACAUGCUGAUGGAGCCAAAUGAUUUUUCGCCAAUCACUGUACUGAAAUCGCAUGAACAACACUUUCAUAUGCCGCCCACAACGCAACUUCAGCCACAAAUCCAGACCAGAAUUCACCCUAGAGUCCAACCCAGGAAAUUCCAAUCCGCGGCCCAACAAAAUGCCGAUGGGGAGGAGCCAUUCCGACCCAUAGCUAAUCCAAAUACGAAAGUGGUUGGGGAUUCCCACACGCAGGCUGCCCAAAAUUUUUAUCCACCAUUCUACCAUGAGGCUCCUCCAUUGGGCCAUUCCAGACCCUACUUCGGCCACGGUCCGCCUGUAUCGGAAACAACUCCAUUAUCCCUGCCCCUUCCACUCUUGGCAACCCAGCAACAACAGCCAGCACCACAGCAGCGGACUUUCGAUGCCAGUAUACUUGGAAGUGGGGAUUUUGGUGUGCUUAGAGGUGGAACCUUCUAUCCGGAGGAGGAAAUGCCCUAUCACCCCGAAGAUAACAGCGACUACAUCUAUGGAGACGCCAACAAUGGACACGGUCGUCCAUCCGAGGGAUUUGUGCAGAAGUACACAUAUCCAGAGGAGCAGUUCGCCAAUUUCCGCGACUUUGCCGAUAUCAACACGCCUGCUGAUACGGCAUUUUCGCAAUUUGUGGUGGUCUAUGCAGCCAAAAAUGCCACUGCACCACACUCACAUCCGCAUCCCAAAAACAUAUUUGAACAGUUGGAGCAGCUGGACAGGGAAAAAGAGCUGAAAAAGACCGAAUUCGAGGACAAAACCUCUUCGAAAAUAAAGUCCAAAUUGUCUAAGACAAAACUGCAGAAGAAAUACCGCAAAAAGGCAGCUCCCAAAGUCCAGGAUCCUCAAGAAAUAGAACCUUUAUUAGCUCUGAGUUAAGCGUCAAACAGAAGAAGCCUAAAAAGCAAGCACCCAAACUUUCGAUUACCGUUGUUAGUUUUAUUUAUUAUAUAUCGAGAUAACUGCAAGCCACAACAAAAUGUAAUAGCCACCCCAAAUUCCAUGUCAACAAAUGCAAGCACUUUACCAUAACAUAUACCCGUACAUAUUUUAUUUCUGUUUUUUUUUGUCUGUCUGCUUUUAAUCUCGCACUGUUUGUUACAUUUUAAAAUUAGCCUGUAGUGUACUGCAUAUAUAU